AAAAAGGCAAAAACAUACAACAGCCGGUGUUCGCUAAUGGUCACCCACUUAACUACUAAUCUGCCGGUUAGUGGCUUGUCUAUGGGGGAGCAGACGAGACCCCGAAUUUUCCGCUACCUGUGGUCGUAUGUGAUGGAAGCCGGAUGUUAUUCAGUUUAUAUA